UUUGGACAUCUGCAAGCUGAGCUUCUUCCAAGCGCUGGACGCAACUAGACCCAACUCCCUCAUAAACCUAUCAUGCUCGUAUCGAAACUCAUCGUCUUAUUUCCCAUUGCUCUUGUCAUUUCUGCGAUUCCCAUUCCCGCCCCCGCCCCCAUCCCCGUCUCCGCUACUCCCCCAUCCGCACCUCUGUUUGACCGAGGUCUGCAACCCACAGAUUCUACAGGAGAGCUCCAGCCCCGGUGGUUCACAACCAUACAGAAGCACGCCUCCACCUUGCAAGCGAAUGCGUACAAUGUCUACAAGAGAAUACGCCCAUGUCCUUUCCAACUAAACCAGGCCGUCGUCUGGAACGAGAGCCAGGGUUGGAUUGUAAGGAAAACUGAGGAAGACGGUCGUGUUGCAUUCUUUGUCCUACUGCCCUACCCGAAGGGGAUGCAUGAGGUAAAGAUCCCUUGUUCCGAGUUGGAGCGUGCGCCAGUUGGUGCCGUACCAGGUAGUGCAGCUUGACCGGAAUGAUAGCGAAGGGAGUUUGCGGUGCAGUCUUCCCCAUGAAGAAACUGCGUUAUGACAUGGACGCUGCAGCCAAGUUCUCUCGUGAUCCGUAGCUUGUAAACAGUACAGAGUAAACGAACGUUGCACCCU